GCAGUCGGUCGGUCGUGUGUACGUGUGUGUGCGCGUGUGUCCGUCCGUCUGUCCACCGUUUUUCUCGGUAACCGCGGCAACUCUGAGCGUGAAACGUGGACAUAUUAUCAAGUAGGAGGCAUGCAUGGUAAAAUAAUAUUCUGGAGCGGAGAAGGCCGGGGAAGCUGGUGAAACGAGCAGCUGUUGAGAUGCUUUGCGCGUGUGGAGAAGAUUUGCUGGUCUGGCUGUAUUGAUGGGACAGUUGAAUAGGAUCGAGAUUGCCGGUGAAGUGAGAGCAGCACACGCCCCAGUGAAUCGGUUCAGUGAAGGAGUCACUGAGGUAGUGUAGCUAGUAUGUAGCUGAAUAGUGG